UCUUGCAUGUUUUCUGCUGUACAUAAGUGGGAUUUGGAUGACUAGUUCGUGCCACCUAAUAUUCGUUAUAUUGUCUUUAAUGUAACAAGGGUGAAGUUCUUGUAUGUUCUUUCAAUUACUUUGACCUGUCAUUUUAUGCACAAUUUGACAAAUUGCUGUUACUCAGGCUUCAUGCUUGUAUUUACAAAGAGUCAUAGCUGAACUAGAUUUUAAUGUUAAAAAGCCAAUAGCAUUAGUAACUUCAGUAUUAGUAUAUUAAGAUAGAAUUCACUUGUGGGUUCAAAAAUAAUUUUCUCUAUUACCAUGUGAAGCUGUAUUCAGGUAAAAACCUAGAAGUUCUCUGUCUGCAGAUGAAAAUUUAAAGUGAAUGAAAUAUGAGAGCAGCCUAAGCUUGUUAGUGUUUCCUGGGUUUUUUCAUACAGUUUUAAAAAAAUAAUUGAUUUUAUUGUUUAAGCAUGAGCUGCUUCAAGAAAUGCUGAUCCAAGUUACACAUGUAUCCCACCCAGUUUUUUUUAUGGUUUUCCCUGAAAUUGUGUCAGUCAUGUGACAUAAUUUUGCACUUUGUUCUUAACAGAUACUUCUUUCAGAUACAUGUAGUAUUAAUGAAAUAAUAACUCUAAAUUACAUUGCAAUCAGAUCUGCAGGCCUUUGGGUGCAGUAUUGACAAAGUGUAAAGCAUGACUUCUCUAGAUUUCCUAGUGCAGAAUAGAAGGAGCCAUGAUGUGUAUCAAGAUUUUUAUUCCCGUUUUCAGCAUGGGAUUCAACUAUGAGAAGAGUCCUCAGUGUGGUCAGAAUCACAGUGGAGCUAGGGUUGAAGCAAAAAUUUUGUGAAUAUUCAUAAGGUACUUUCAGUACAAGACCACAGAGAUAUUUAGCCAGUUACUGGUCAUCAGUUUUCUUUUAUCUGGUCACUGGUUCCUCUAAAUUUUCAUGCUGAUAUACCAUAGAGCUUCAUUAAUUCCUUUAGUUUUUCAAAAUGUGUUGCUUAUUACAUUUUGCCGAAAGAGAACUCUAUGAACAUUUGCCUUUUGAAACUUUUUUUCUUUUAAAUUUGAGUUACUUCUUGUAGCUAUAAAGGGUUGUUUCAUGCAGCAUACCUUGGAAGAAUAUAUUUUUUUUUUGUUUGGGGUUUUUUUAUACAUAUAGGUUUCCAUAUAAAGAUAUUAUAGGCAGUGAAGUCUAGGUAGAGGAUAAUUUCCUGUUUGAAAUCACUUUAGAUUUUUUGGCAGUCUCUGAUUUUCCCCUCAUCUGACUCCGUUGAUAAUCUUUUUCCGUUACUCUUACUGUUCUGUCCCCCAUCCAGGAUACUUCACCAAUCCUCCUGUGGACUAUACAGUGUUUUCCCUUUAAGUAAAUGACAUGAGAUUUUAUUUUACUUGAUGUCAACAAUUAUGUUAAAUACUGUGAAAAAAUAUAAGUGUGAAAAUAAAUAUGCAAAUCUGAAGAAGAAUUAGUUUUGCUAUUGAUCUAUUGGUCUCAGAAAAAAAGAAACAAAUGCAGUUCUAAUUCUGGGUUGUAAGUGAUACAGACUUUGUCUAAAAUGGCCCACAGAUCAAUUUUACUUACUUAUUUCUUAUUUUAGACUAGGAUUUGGAAGUAAGCUUCUUCAAAAGCGUGCAGUUGUCUAUUCUGCUUCCCUUUCUCAUGUGUGUCCUGCAUUUCAGAUUGUAUUAUAUAGACAAAGACAUUUGGGUUACAUUUCACCCCUUACGUGAGCUCACGCUUCCUGUGUGAGAUCACUGUAGCUGAAGGGACUUGAUUCUCCUGCUGUUACGCCUCUUUUUUGGCCCUGGCUACUGAUGGGCUUUGUCAUCUUUCUUUUGCUGAGCAGAAGGUCUCAUUGCAGUAAAAUAAUGGGGUUUUAGUUACAUUGCUAUUUGUAGUCUUAAUCUCCCCUUUCCUCCUUUGAUGAUGUGACUGAGCUUUGCAUGUAUAUCGCUGUGAUGGGUAAACUGAGGGUGUACUCUCCAGUCCUUAAGCAAGAGGGAUAUUUAUAGCCCAUGUAGUCUUUUUCUGCACAGGGGACACUGCGGGAAAUGAAAGCUGUGCAUGAAAGGUGUGGCUCUCAGAGCCGGAAACCAUCUCAUAGUCCUCUGUGGAUAAAUUUGGUUUAAAAAGGGUGCCUAAAGUGAGACUUAACAAAGUGCUUGGGUCAGGUCAGAAAUACAAGUACAUUGCAGCUUAGUGCUGCAUCAUGUGGGGCUCAUGUCCUAAGACUUCACAGGUUUCUCUGGGAUUGCUGGCAGGUUGUGCCUUGUCAGAGGGCAGGAAACGCUGAGCUCUUCCCUCCUGAGUGUGUUUCUUUUCCCUCUCAGCCAGACCACUGGAAGUUGUAUGCAUGUGGCAGCAGGUUGGCUCUGUAGACAGUGAACAGUGUUAAGUGUUGCUACCAAUUUGAUAAAGCAUUUCAGAUUCUGGCUGAAAGAUAAGGGAGUUACAGGUAAUGCAAUAGUGCUGUUACAAGUAGUUGUGCUUUAUUCUGAAAGUUAGACCUUAGAUAAAAUUCUUUUAAGCUCUCCUAGUUAAAUCAGUGGAUUAAAAAAAAAAUCAAAACAGAAAAAGAACAAAAAAAAACCCCAAACCACAAAACCCAGCAGUUACAGACUAAGAUAGUUCUUGGUUUUCUAGAAACAAAUCAUUGAGAUUUCCUUUCUAACAAUACUUCUGAAGCACAGAUAAAAUGGCUUCCUGUCCCAGGGUUUCCUGUAUCCAUGGCAACCUGACUUCAGGCACUUCUUUCUUAGUUUCCUGAGCAAACUGUUGCAAACCCUGGGGCAAAAAUGUGAGUGCUGUAGUACACAGCAAUACUGCCUUUACAAAGGUUUCACAGAGGAAUGUAGUUGCUCAGCUUAUAACAGAGUCUAGUGGACUGCAAACAGCAAAAUAACGGAAAUAAUGAACUUCAGAUUUGGGUGAAGUCAGAGAGGAGUAAGAAGGCCAAAGACAGGGAUAUGUGUGUUCUGCAAAGUUCUUCACCCUGCCCGGGAGCAUUCCUGUAUAUAUUUAAUUGUUUUCUUUUGUUGCUGCUCCCGAAGGAGGCUUUUGGCUGUCCAUCUGCUUGUCAGCUCUGCACAGGGAGACAAGUUAGCUGUCGUAAUGCAGGGCUUUCGAGCAUCCCUUGGAACCUUCCUAAAACAACAAUUGUUGUUUACCUCAGUGGGAAUAAUAUAUCACAUGUCACUCCGAAUGAUCUAAGAGGCUUUCUGAAGCUUGCUGCACUCUACAUGGAUAAUUCCAGUAUUUCGUAUGUACACCCAAAAGCUUUUGUGGAGCUCCCCAAACUCUGCUACUUGCAUCUAAAUAGCAAUCAUAUUAAACGCCUGGAUCCAGGAAUCUUUGAAGGCCUUUCCAAUCUUCAUUGUUUAUACCUUCAGAACAAUCAAAUAGCUUUUCUUCCCAGAGGAUUAUUUAGUGAUCUUCUUUCUGUUAGAUAUUUAACACUUCAAAGAAAUCGUCUCAGUGUCCUUGGAAGUGGGACUUUCUGGGGAAUGAUAAGUCUCCAAACACUAAACCUAGCAAAUAAUAAGAUUUCACGGAUAUCAGAUGCAGCAUUUCAUCAUCUUGAAAAUCUUGCAUAUUUAUUUCUUGAAGGUAACAACUUACCACUUGUGCCAUCAAAUGCUAUUGGAAGGCUCAAAAAUCUUGAAAGACUUUCUUUGUCUCACAAUCCCAUUGGAUCAAUUCAGCCUUUUGCAUUUAAGGGACUUAAUAAGCUUAAAUAUCUGUCUUUGAAAAAUGUCAAACUAAAAUGUGUUGCUGUAAAUGGAUUUUUUGGAUUAAACAACCUUAGCCAGCUAAUCUUAAGUUAUAAUGAUUUAGAAAAUAUAAAUUCCAGUACUUUUAUCUUAUUGAACAAUUUAAUGUAUCUACAGCUAGACAGAAAUAAUAUAGCUAGUAUUGGCAAUGGUACCUUUGAAAAAAUGGGGAAGUCACUCAAAGUACUCAAUUUAGCAUUUAAUAAUAUCACAGAGUUACAACCUGAAGUGCUCAAGCCCUUAGUGUCUUUAACUCAUCUGCAGGUACAUUCUAAUCCUUGGAACUGCAGCUGCAAAAUGCUUGCGUUACUUAAUUGGCUAGCAUCAUCUUCUGUUUCUGCAAAAAUACACUGUCAGCAUCCUCAGAGUAUGCGUGGUAGACCUUUGCAUUAUAUGAAAUGGGCUUGGUUUUCAAACUGCAUUGGUCCAACUGCCAGCCCAGGCUCUGCCCCAGGUCUGGGAUCUGUCAGGGUGCAUCACAGCACUACCACUCUGCUGAUGGCCUGGCAUAAAGGGAACAGGCACAACACGUUGCAACAGUUUGCCACUGCAGAAACUAAGUAUAUUGCUUUCUGGGAGGGAGCUACAGCUACAUCUUCUACCCCAUUGACUGACCAGGAAUAUGCGGUUGAAGUGCCAUCACAGGCAGCUGCAGUGUUAUCAACAUCACCAGUUCAAAUACCAGCAGAAAUUAUACCUACUAAUAGAAAUAUAGAAGAAGAAUGGUUGUUUACAACUGACCCUGCUCCUGUAUCAUUAAAAACAAGCCUGAUUUGUACACAACAGGUUGAAAAGCUGAAUCAAGCUUUUGAUAUUUUACUAGCCUUUUUCAUUCUGGCUUGUGCUGUUAUCCUGUUCUUAACCUGUAAAAUUAUUCAGUUUAGACAAAAACUAAAGGUGUUGGAAAACUCAGGGGAAAAGAGUAUAGAAUAUUAUGGCUUUUAUCAGCCUGGCAGAUACAACAUAACUGACUCAGUUCAGUCUCUAACUCGGAAAUCAGUGGAACAUUCAGAACUGGACCAAAUAAGGCUGCUCAAGCGAACAGUAUCAGAAAGUCAGGCACAGGUCAUCUUGUUCGAACAUUCAUCAUUGUAAUUUAUUUCGUUUGAUUUGGUGUUAACAGGGUUAUGAAAGGUCAAGAAAUCAAGAACUUGAUUCUGUAAAAAACCUCCACCAAUUAAAAUCAACUGCUUAAUAGGACUGUGGAAAAUGGCACAAUUUGGGUUCUGCAUCAACAUUUGCUUACUGAAUGUUUUGAAAUUUGUUGAUCAUUUCAUUAUGUCAUUUCAAUCUAACAUGGGUAAGCUUAUUAAUCUCAGUCCCUAUUUGUAGUAAUCAUUCACCUAUGCUCAAGUAUACAUGCAGUAUAAAGUGCACUUUAAUUUAUUUUGCCAUACUUAAUGAUGUAAUGAUGGGAUCACAAAGCCAAGAACUAUUGGGGAAUCGGAAGAGAGUGUUUCAUGUGAUUAAUGUAAUAGAGUUUUUACUCUUCCUCUAUUAAAUAAAGCACAAGGAAAAAAGCACAUUUACUGUUAGCAUGUUCAAACUCUUGAGUAAAAGAGUAAAAAGUAAAAAAAAGUAAAGAGAAAAAUUUCAAACUAUACAAAUUCUAUUCAUACCUGUAGCAUAUUGUAAUAUACAAAGUUGCGUGUGCAGUCUGUAUAAUGAAAAUAUUAAAGUGACUUUUUUAUUAGUGUGUAUCGGUAUUGUUUUAUGAAAUACCCCAAAUUGGAGUUAAGAAAAGCAAAAUUGCUGUUUCAAUUUACCAAGUGUAAUGACCAGAUUUAUUCUGUCUAAGGUAAUAGAGCUGGUUAAUUAUUGUCAAUAAAAGAUCAUCAUUUAUGUUAUCUAUGUAGUAAUAUUUUUAGGGACUUUAGCUAGAUAAGAGGUGCAAAUUGAAGAAAUAUACUACACUGUAAAUACAUACUGCUGAAUUAAUGGCUGAAGGCAUUUAUAUAUGUGGUUUAUAUUUGGAGGUGUCUGGUCAAGAUAUGUGUUCUUAGUUAAAGCUUCAUCUUCAAACUAGGGAUAUUUUCUUUUUUAGUUUGCAUAUAACUUUUUAUUUCUAUUUCAAAUGUUGGUGUUCUGUUGUUGUCAGAUAUGCUGUAGCUUUAUUUUUAGCCUGAAUUUCUGGGAUUUUUGUUUUUCUGUUACUUUAAUAAUUCAAACUUUAUUCUGGAAUUAAAUGUCAUAAAACUACGUGCCAAAUAGUCCAAUGUUGUAAAAUUUUCAACCAAUGGGACUUUGAUACUGUUUUUCUUGUACAGGCCUGUGCCCUAGAGAUUUCAGCCAUGUUUAUAAGUUACACAGCUAGACCAUUUUCCUGAAGGAAAAGUGGGGAACAAUGCUUUGAUAGACUUUCCUCCAUGGUGUUGAUUUAAAUUAUGUAGACGUAUGUUGCUGUUCCAGGCUUCAGCCCGGAGUCUGUUGCAUUCUGCAGCUGAGCCAGAGCUGCUCUCGGCAUUCUUGUUCUCUCCCCUCUCUUUCCUGGUGCGUGUAUCCGGGCUGUGCAGGUCUCCAUCAUCCUGUUUGUCCAUCUGCAGUUCUUUUCCAGCAGGGAAAAAUCUAUUAUCUGCUACCAGAACAUAUAUAAAUCUUGACUGCACUGAAUGGGUGUGAAAGUGCAAGUAUGACUUCAUUGUUUGUUAUUAGUGUAAUGAAAUAAUACUGUAUUUGACUAUAAUUCAUUGUAUCAUAGAUCAAAUACUUCUAGGAAACACACAAUUCAGCUUCUUGGACAAAAGCUUAAACUGUUCAGUAUUGCUUGAGUAGAAACUAUGUUUUAAAAUUAUUUUCUAACUUAAGAUCAGAUGUUAAAUAUAAUGGGCAAAUACUUUUAAGAAGGGAAAACGCUGACUGUAAGUUAUGCACUUUUUUCCAGAGGCUAAUCCACUGCAACCUCUUCCUUUUUAACCCGUUUUUGUUACCUUCUGUCUCUCCAUAAUUCGUUGUGAUAAAUAUUUUACAGAGGAGUUUUGGUAGUACACAAAGGUUAAAAACUGAAUAAACCUAAUUCUCAAUUCUCAAAGAAAUCUGGCAGGGAACAGCUCUGUUAUUUUAGGCUCUGGUUUCCACAGCUGCUCUUUACAGAAAGGCAUGAGAGCUUCUCUCUGUAGGUUCAUCUUUUUCACUGACAAGCUGCUGGGGGAGUUGUUUGCCAGGUCUGCAUCUCACCAUCUGUAGUGGUGGAACAUGAAAGGAAACUGGUGUCACAGCUGUUUGUGCAGCAGAGAGUUGGAGCCAUUGAAAGCCAUCCUUUGGAGUGGAGACAUCCUCAUAUAACCAGCUUGCCAACACAGGGAUUAGACUAACAAGGCACUGGGAGAUUUAUUAUGCAGUUGUGAGGGAAAUGCCUUUCUUUAGCAGUCAGUAUCUUUUGUAUUUAAAUGUUCACAUGGGGAAACCAACCCUUUCAUGUACACAUGUAGUUCAUAUGUCAAUUAAAGUCAUUAGGGAAUAAUUAGAAGCCUUAGUGAAGCCUGCCUGCCCUUGUGAAGCAAAGUGGUGCUUCAUGAAGAUCUGGUUUAUGGUCACUCAUAGGACUCCCUGGAAAUACUGUCUUAGCUGCUACUUCACUGCUUUAGGAGCUCCUUAGAACUGUGCAGGUCCUAAGGGGUGGGGGGUGUGUAACAAUCACUUACAUCACUUACAGUAUGUGCAGAGUAAUAUCUGCUUGUCCCACUCCACCUCUUUCCUUGGCUAAUGAGAUAAGAAAAAAGAAUUAAUUAAGCUUUCUCAAUAUGUAAACUAGUAAAGAUAUUAAAUCAAACUCUUCUUGGUGUUUGCAUCAUUCUGGCAAAUGCAGAAAAGCAGAAAAUGUUUUAUCUUUUUUAUCUCUGAAAAAGUAUUUUUUCUUAUACAGGUUUUUUUCUCCUUCUCUGAGGGAUAUGCAAAGUAGAUAUGGGGUGCAUGAUGAUAGAGCUUUGUCUACACUAGUUGGCUAUACAAGUGAAAUAAAAAUUAUGAAUUUUCACAUGAAACCUCGGGAUAAGUUAUAUAGAUAGCUGUGUGCAUUAGAAAUUAUAGACAGAAUGAAAAAAAACCAAACUGUCUUUUAUUUUCAGAACAGAUGGAGUCUGUUCUGUGCUUUGCAAAGCUUUUAUUCUUUUAUCUAAAAACUUAUGCAACUUUGAAAUAGAAGUUUUGAGAUUAUUCUUAUGGAAGCUGCCCUGAAUGCUAAAUUUUGUUUUGUAUUGCUAAGGUGAAUUUUAUUAACGGGCAACAUAAAAUAUCAUUUCUGUAAUAAAAAAAAAAAGUAGUCAUUAUAUCUUUGAAACUGGAUUAUGAAGUGUUUUAGGUCCCAGUUGUGGGUCUUUUGCUACAUACCAAAACAGUUUUUGUCCCAAUAAUUGAAGAAGACUUGGUAGACGUAAAAACAGUUUUAGCCUGAUGCUUUUGUUUGUUUCAUUGCUAAUCUGGAUUGUAUGCAAUUCAGUGGGGGAACUGCUUAAAUGGUGCCUUCCCCCAGGUUUAAGAUUUUAGUAUGAAGUAUAUUAACUGUUCUGGUCUGAAAAUUCAUCUGAAUGCACCAUUUGUCUUCUUUGAAUCUGUUUAUAUAACUUCUCUAAUUAUUUCGUGAAAUAAGCAGGCUAAUUUGAGUCUCUUUGAAAAGGUAUUACUUUGAGUGGCAUGGCAUUCUUUCUUAUCUAUUAAAAUAAGUCCAAUGCAUUUUAUAUUGACACUGAACUUUGAAGUUUCUUUUUUCAAAGCGUGACUCUGUGGUAUCUUUAUUUUUCACCAGCAUUUGUCUUGUUUUCUAGAAACAGUUGCACUGUUUAAUAGCUCCAUACUUGGUAAACAUUUCAGUGGGUCUUUGGUAGAAAGAAACUGUAUGUCCCAUUUAAAGGGGAGAAAAAAGGAGAGAAAAGAAAAGGUAUUAUAUUUACUGAAAGCUGCAGGCAGAUUACAUUUUGAAAGGUGUUCUGCAUUCUUUUUUUCUCCUUAACAAAACCCCCAAAACGCCUUUAUGAAUCUUCCACUAAAGAAGUGAAAUACUAUUUCUCAUUUAUGUCAUAAAGUAGGAAUAUUCUUUCCAAGAAAUUAAUGAUUUCCCUAUGAGCUUUUAUAGUAACUAUCAAGAGCAAUAUUUUUGCUGCUCUGUGCUGAUGAGACCCUAACUGGAGUGUGCUGCAUCCUGCUCUGGGGCCCUCAAUAUAAGAAGGACCUGAUACUCCAGGAGCAAGUCUAGAGGCCACAAGGUUCAUAAGAGGAGUGGAGCACUUCCCCUAUGAAGACAGGCUGAGAAAGCUGUGGCUGUUCAGCCUAGAGAAGAGAAUGUUGUGUGGAGACCUGCUUUCAACCUUCCAGUCUCCAAAGGGGUCUGCAGGGAAGCCAGAGAGGGACUGUUCAUCAGAAACUGUAGUGAUAGAGGACGAGGGGGAAUGGCUUAAAACUGAGAGUAGGUUUUGAUUAGAUUUUGGGAAGAAAUUCCUUACUGCGGGUGAUGAGGCACUGGGUUGCUCAGAGAAGCUGUGGAUGCUCCAUCCCUGAAAGUGUUUGAGGCCAGGGUGGAUGGGGCUAUGAGCAGCCUGGUCCAUUGGAAGGUGACCUGCUUAUGGCAGCAGGGUCAGAACCAGGUGAUCUUUGUAGUCGCUUUCAGCCCAAACCAUUCUGGGAUUCAUGCAACUUAGAAGGAAGAAAUAAUACAGGUAUUGGAUGGCAUCCUGUAUUAUUAAUUAAAUAGUGUGUAGGAACAGGGCAUAGUUUACUUUCUCCAGGGCUCAAAGUGUUCACAUUUGUUAUCCGGUGAAUGCUCCCUGUUUACUAUUAACAUGAAUCUGAGGGCAGCUUGUUGGAAAAUUAACUGUGUUAAUGGCAUUUCCCUAGAGAUGUGUUUCAAAAAUAAGAGGCAAAAGAGUCUUAAUGGAGGUGUGCUAGGCAGGACCUUUGGCUUGGUGAAGAGACCUGCUCUGUCUCGGAGGGCUCAUUGUGCAGGUGACUGAGGCACUGUUGACUCUCAGCUGUGCUGUGAGGUCAGUAGGUUGUUUGCUUGCUGUCUGCAGAACCUCACAGAGAUUCAGUCUCACAGCAUGUAAUGUUUUGCUCUUCUGAAUGUGAUGGGAAAGCCUUUUGGCAAAGGAAUAAGUGUCUUUUGAAAUGCAUAGCUGGCAAUCAGUGUUAUCCAAGAUAAAUUUUGUGGUAUCAUCAACAUUUCAGUUGAAGGACUGAAUGAUGUUAUGACUGAAGAUUCUGAAACAGGAACAUACAAAGACUGCAUGUUAAUGUCUCAUUUUGAAGAGCC